GCGAAGAUUUUCAGAGAGUAACGUGUGCAGAAAGCGAGAUCUGUAUUACUUGAUAUAAGUUCACCUCCGUCAUAUUGGCCUUCUAUCCAGCGCUUGAAAUCGCGUUCUGGAAUUCUCUAUUCUCUAGUACAAAAUACCCGCUGGAAAUGCCGCAGACAAGAGUUCUUUAAAUAACUUUGCAAAAACAACGAGAAGAACUUUUUGUUUUGGGCUAGCAGGUCGUAUUGGUAGCACAUUACUUAAUCUUCAGAUAAAUAGACUUAACCCUCCAAUGUCGUCUGUCAACGACUCUGUCAACGUGUAGGAUAAUAUUCGAGUCUUUAUUCAACCAUCUGUAGAAAAAUUAAAUUUUGUAUAGAUGGAGAUGUUUGAAUAAAUAAGCAUUAUGGCAGGAGGCAAGUUUGACCAUCCAGCACGUAAACUUCAUGCGCAAGAUGUUUUAUCUUUAGAAAACAGAGGUGGUGCUUGGAGCUACAGUAAGGCUGGAUUAAAUUUCACUGUGUCAUUGGUGUGGGUACAAGGAAAGGUGAUAUCAUUUACUGAGGACAAGAAGCAGGUAAUCUUGCAAGAUGGAAAUACUAAUGUCAGUAUUACAAACUGUCAUACCAUUCCUGGUGGAAAUGCCUGGAUUUCACAAGGCCAGUACGUGAUGGUAGUAGGUGAAAUGCAAGAGGAUUUAGAUGGCACAAAUGCCAUCCGUGCAAUCAAGAUGGCUGACCUAUCUUCCAAUAGUGUACAUGCAGCCACUUGGAAGAAUGAAGUAGCUGAAAUCAAGGCCUUAAUGCGCGAAAAUGCAAGCUUGUGCUCCUGAUGGCUUCCUGAAUGUAAAAGGCUACAGAGAGCUAGAUAGAUAGGAUUUUUUUUCUUCUUCUUUUUCAAUGUUUGUUAUAGAGCUACAUUUUCCUUGUUACAAUUUCUUACUCUCUGGUAAAUGCAUAAUACACUGAAUUGUAAAAAUGUAAACUUUCAGAUUUUUUACAAAUAAAAAUAAUUUGAA